AGUAUAUCAACUGAUCGAUUGCCCGAGCCUUGUUGAGUGAAUCCCGUACCAAUACAGAAACCUUAUGUGUUUUGACCCAUGAUAUAACGAAAAGGUAGCAUACGAAAAACAACUGAGUAACAUUUUUUUACGCGAUGUGCACUGUCAACGAGUUUUCAUACUAUAUCUAUCGUCCAACUUGUCUGUACGUUAUAGCGAACCAUAAUAUAUCGUCUUUUUGUUGUUGUAUUUCUUGUUUUCUAUUUAUAAACGUAAACAAAACCAAAAUUCAUGAAAAUAUCUAAAAGAUGCCUAUAAACAAAUAAAGCUCCGCACCUGCUGCUCUGGGCAGUCAUUACAUAAAGCACAGUGAAUCAAGUUCAAGAUCAAUAGGAAAAAUGUAUACAGUAACCUCGGAAAUAUAUCAGGAAACUAAUUUUAAGACAGUAAAGGACAAAGACGGAAAGAUCACAUCAAAGUUUGAGUUUACCUAUCCUGAAGUGCCCAAAGAUAAGGAUGGGGAUUUAGAGGUGAAAAGAAAAGGUGAUGAUGCUCCAAGCCAUGGAAUUAUUGAACUUCAACAUUCCGAUGCUACCGAAAUCAAACUAGUGGGACUGCAAGUGUGGAGAGGUGCUCUUCUUCUGGCCGAUUAUAUAUUUCACAAACGUAAAGAAUUUAAGAAUAAACAAUUGCUCGAGUUGGCAGCGGGAGUUGGCUUGACUAGUGUGGCUGCUGCAUUGUAUGUGAAAAAAGUUGUGUGUACUGAUGUUGAUAUAGGCGGAAUUCUGGAUCUAAUCAGAAACAAUGUCAAAUUAAACAGCCAACUGUGUGAUACAUGCAAAAUUAAUGUGAUGGAAUAUGAUUUUAUGCAAGAGAUCCAAGCCUACAGUCCGGAUCUCUUGAAGGCCAUUGAUGAAAGCGACAUUGUAUUUGCUGCUGAUACCAUUUAUGAUGACGAUCUGACCAAUGCCUUUAUAAGAGUUAUUGACAUAAUUUUACAACGCGGAGAGAUAAGCGGGAGAAAGAAAGAAAUUUUUGUGGCCUUGGAAAAGCGAUAUGUCUUCACGUUUUCGGAAAUGGAUGCAGUGGCACCCAUGUUUGAAUAUUUUCUUAAACAAACCAUGCAUAAGCCAUGGAAAUUUGAGUAUGUGGAGACCAACUUUCCUCAGUAUUUUAAAUACGAGCGCUGCAAGCAUUUGAUUCUACUAAAAAUAACAAAACAAUGAUGUAUAAACUAAUAGAUUGCAUUUGUAUAUGUACUUUAAACUUGUAUGUAUAUAUGUAGAUAAUUUUUGUUGUACACUU